GCUGCGAAUUAUACACACACGGACACGCACACAUACGUACACACACCUGACGAAAACAAAAGUGAAUAAAAUUCCACCGUCACAGUGGAACAUCCUACCGUCGUCGUUACAGUGUAAAUCUGAGAAAAUAUGUGCAAAUUCUAACCCAGUCCGCCCACUCCAGUCACUUCCAGGUGGAAGGGGAAGUUUUGCUUGUGCUAUGGGUAAUGAACAGUCGCAGCUGAAAGGGGUGGAAAUCAGCAAGAAAGCGAUCCAGGUGACCGAUUACUGGUCGCUGUACAAUGGCGAGCUGCCGAACGCGAACGGGGCCGCCCCGAGCAGCAUAUCCAUCUUCCAGGGCGAAACGCUUGUCAGCGGCCAGUUCUGGACCAAUCAGAAUCCGCUCGAGCGGGCGAUCAGGAAUCUGAAAAUCUACCGCCACCCGUACAUCCUGAAGUAUUUCGCGUCCUGGAGCAAGGGUUCGCUCAAGAUGCUCGCCACGGAACGGUGCCGCCCGCUGGCGACCUGCCUAAACAUUACCAGCGACGUGCAGAUCUGUCUCGGGCUGCGGAACGUCCUCUGUGCGCUGAUCUUCCUGCUCGAGCAGGCGGCCGUGCGGCAUCUGAGCAUCAGUAUCUCGUCCAUCUACGUCACCGACGAUGGUGCGUGGCGUUUGGCCGGGUUCGAGCAUCUGUGGCGGACGGUCGACUUUAACCAGACGCUGCUGGAGAAAUCUCAACCGUACCGGUACACCAAAGCGAUCGACAGCAACGAGCUGACCGGCAAGGGGCAGGCGCUGGAGCAGUACGCGUUCGGCGUGAUGUGCGAGGAGAUACUGCACAACAAAACCGACGCCAACAUACCGGCGGUGGAAGAUUUCAAAGCCUACUGUGCGACGCACCUGAAGCAUGGCAAUCCGGCAAUGCGCCCGAACCUGUCCGCCGUGCUGCUGCAUCCGAUCUUCAAUCACGACUUCAUACUGAUCCAUUCCUUCCUGACCGAGCUGCCGCUGAAGGGCACCCAGGCGAAGCAGGAAUUCUUCAUCAGCCUGGCCGACCGGUUGCGCUCCUUCGAUCCGGAAACGGUCGCGGAACAGAUGUGUUCGCUGCUGCUGUCACGCAUCGUGCUGCUCGAUACGACCGCGCAGCUUUGCGUUACGCCGUACGUGCUGCGCCCGAAGAGUGACGAUCUUUCGCCGGGUCUGUUUACGCCCAAGAUAUUCUCCGCGUACAUUUUGCCAAAGGUGAAGCAGGUGUUUUGCGUGCAGGACGCCCAGAUACGGCUCAUGCUGCUGGAGUACUUCCCCGCGUACGUGGAGUUUUUCACCAAGGAGGAUUUGCAGGACCACAUACUACCUCAGCUUCUGCUUGGGAUAAAGGACACAAACGAUGUGCUGGUCGCAAAAACGUUGCUCUGUCUGGCCGAUCUGGUGCCCAUCCUGGGGUCGGCCGUCGUGAUCGGAGGCAAUCGUAGCAAAAUAUUCGCCGACGGGCGACCGCAGGGCAUUCCGGAUGCGGCCGGCCCGUGGAGUGGCGUCCGCUCGAUCACGCCCGUCAUUGGAUCGGGCGAGUUCCUGUCCGGUAGCCCUGUACCAGACGCCGGUGGCGAUAAUAGUGCAUCGUUCACGUCCGUUCUACUGCGGCCGGACAAUUUCAACGCCAUGCCCGAACGGUUAUCGCCCGAGGGGGAAGACAUCUAUCGCACCAACAACUCGGACGUCGAGCUGGAGGUGGACGAGUGGAGCGACUGGGAGAACGAUGGCAGUGAGGUGGUGCCGGUGAACCAUCUGCGACUAAUAGACACGGGUGCACCGGAACCGAUUCCAAUGAAUGGUGUCCCAGAGGAUACGAUCCUGGCGCCCGAACCGAUCGCACCCUUCACGACGCUCAGUCGCGAAAGCUCAACCGAAAGCAAGGGUAGCAAACAGCCCGGUAAAGGUCCGGCGGAAAGUAUAGAACGGUUAGACAUAAAAACGCAACCCACCGCAACCCGGAAGACGGAUGCAGGUGCCGGUGAGGAGUUCGAUUUCUUCAAAGACAUGGAACCGGUCAUACAGAAAGCGAACGUGCUGCUGAUCGACGAUGAGACGGGUCCCACGAAGCAGCAGGACGAUGGCGGUCAGGAGGCCAACAAAAUCGAACAAUCGGGCGGACUGGCGGCGGCGGCGGCAGCGGCGACGAAGGAAGGGUCUGCCCACGAGCUUAACGAACGGGAGGAGGAAGAAAUUCCGCUCGUCAGCAGCAGCCGGUUAGAGAUUAAGGUGGACGACAGCAUGGCAACCACCGAGGAUGGUUGGGGCGACGACGACGACGACGACGAGGGGAACGGUGGAGGGUGGUAAAAUGCCGGAACAGUAAGGGACGACACCACCAUUCCGUUUAUACGCUUUUGUUUUCAUUAUGAUUUAGCCGCGCUAAGCAAUAAACAGAUUUUUAAAACCGUUACCAAGAAGUGGAAAUAUGGAAAAUA